GUGGCACGUUCACUAAAAAAAAAUCCCUUUGUAGCGAAUCAUUUAUUAAAAAAAAUUGAUAAGCUUAACAGAAAAGCAGAAAAAGAAAUAAUAAGAACUUGGUCCCGGGGAUCCACCAUUAUACCGACAAUGAUUGGUCAUACUAUUGCCAUCCAUAAUGGAAAAGAGCAUCUGCCUAUUUAUAUAACGGAUCAUAUGGUAGGACACAAAUUGGGAGAAUUUGCAUCUACUUUCAAUUUCCGAGGACACACAAAAGGUGAUAAUAGAUCUCGUCGUCGGUAA